AUGACAAAAUCAUCUGACAUGGGCUCUUUGGUUUGGGAGAUGAACAAUGCAGUGCAGGAACUUCAAAAUUCCUUGAAAUCUGUACCCAUCGGCCUCAUUGCACCGACACCAGAAGACACUGAUGAUGGCAGAGGAGAAUCCUUCAUAACACCAGUGGUGGAGGUUCUUCCAGUGACCACAUUAGCAUCUUUGCUGAUUGAAAAUGCAGCAAGAAUCAAUGGAAUUGUUGAUGCAGUUAAUGAGCUAGCAGGCCAGGUAGAUAUGAAACCUGCGCCGCAAGAAAAUUCCAAGCAAUACAAGCCCUCCCCGGAUACCCCACAUUAG